CUCGGAACUUCUCGCUCCGAUAACACCUUCCCCCCCUCUCUCUCCCUCCCUCCCUCUCCACGGUUUUGAUUUCGCGGAUUUGAGGUCAAUUGGCUAUAGAAACUGUUCGAGUUUGUGAAUAUUAUAGAAUUAAGGAUUGAGAAAGAAGGAAGAUGACGAAACCUACUGAUCUUACGUUGUACACUGCGUCGGUGCCGAAUGGGAUUAAGGUCUCGACUGCGCUUGAGUAUCUUGAGCUCCCCUACAAAGUCUACCCCAUCGCCUUCAGCAAGCUCGAGCAAAAAGAACCCUGGUACCUCGAAAUCAACCCAAACGGGCGCGUGCCCGCGAUCGUCGACGUCGAUUCCGCGGGCGAGAAGACGUGCGUGAUGGAGUCGGGUGCGAUCUUGCUCUACAUCACAGACAAGUACGAUCCCGAGAAUAAGCUGUCGUAUCCGUUUGGGUCGAAGGAGUAUUAUGAGAUGCUGGAGUGGGUGUUUUGGCAGGUUGGCGGGUUGGGGCCUAUGCAGGGCCAAGCGUCUCACUUCCUCCGCUACUGUCUUUCAGACAACCCAGACGUCCAAGCCUACGGCGUCAACCGCUACCAAAACGAAACCCGCCGUCUCAUGACCGUUCUCGAAACCCGUCUCGCGAAACAAAAAGCAACCCGCAACAGCGCCUACCUCGUCGGCGACCACCUCUCCGUCGCGGACCUCGCCUGCCUCGGCUGGGUCCUGUUCGACACCUACGUCGGGAUCGAGUCGAGCGAGUUCCCGUUGUUGGAGAAGUGGCAGGAUGAGAUUAGCGCGAUGCCGUUGAUUAAGAAGGGGUUGGAUGUGCCGACGGAGUUUAGGAUUAAACAGGUCGCGAAGGAUCCCGAGUUGUUGAAGCAGGCGAGUGCUGCGGGACAGAGUUGGAUCAAGAAGGGCGGCGAGGCGGAGAAGAAGUAGGAGACCAGACUAUGAGAGAACUAAAACUAUAUAAACUAAAUG